UUUCGUUCUGGGUUUCCUCAAGCUGUCCAGAAGCAGUUUGAAGAGAAUAUGGACCUCUCUGUUGACGAACUUUCUUAUCAUCACCACAAUCACCAAGAAGAUGCAGCUGUUUCCGCUAUGGAACUAGAGCUUCAAAAGCAUCUGGCUUUCAAUGUGGAAAACUGCGAUAACAAUAUCCAUAUGAUGCAACAAGUGGUUGACGACCCAAAUCAGCUUCUUUCAUGUGAUUACGCCAACUGGAACACCGGUGAUAGAGGCUUUAAUCAAGAUGACCCAGAACAAAAUGGUCAUAGGAGCUUCAAUAUAAAUUCAUUACCCCAAACACCUGACCUUCUCAAUCUCUUUCACUUGCCCAGUUCCUCUUUGCUUCCAAAUUCAUCCAUCUCCUUUGCAAACUCAAACCAUGACACUACUCAUUUGGGCUUUAUCAAAGACCUCCCAGCCUCACAUAGCACAUCCGUUUUGUAUGAUCCGUUAUUUCAUCUCAACCUGCCUCCACAACCUCCUUUGUUCAGUGAAUUAUUCCAAUCUAUACCCCAAGGGUACAGCUUGCCAGCCUCAAGAGGUGGUGCUAGUUCUUUGUUUGGGGAUGAGAGAGACUCAAGUGGAGUAACGGCUUACCAAGAUGGGGAUGGAGGGAUGCUGGAAUUCACAAGGGACAUGGCUUGUAUUGUUAGGAGUGACACUGGCAAGAAGAAAAAGCCCUUUACUACAGAGCGGCAAAGGAGAGAACAGUGGAAUGAUAAGUUCGAGGCCUUGAGGAAUAUGGUUCCUAGCCCUACCAAGUCCGAUAGAGCCUCAAUUGUGGGAGAUGCUAUUGAGUACAUCAAAGAGCUUCUUAGAACAGUUAACGAGAUCAAAUUACUGGCAGAGAGAAAAAGAUGUGUUAGAGAGAGAAGCAAGAGGCACAAGACAGAAGACGAUGCUGCUGAGGAUGUUAAGAAUUGUAACAUAAGGCCUCUUGGUGAUCCCGAGCAAUCCUAUAUUGGUUCUUUGAGGAGUUCCUGGCUUCAGAGAAAAUCCAAGGAUACCGAGGUUGAUGUUCGUAUCAUUGAUGAUGAAGUAACCAUCAAACUCUUUCAGAGAAAAAAGAUCGACUGCUGCUUGUUUGCUUCCAAAGUUCUUGACGAGCUUAAGUUGGAUCUCCACCAUGUUGCCGGUGGCCAUAUUGGUGAUUACUAUAGCUUUCUGUUCAACACAAAGAUAUAUGAAGGAUCUUCACUUUACGCUGGCGCCAUAGCCAAUAAGGUCAUUGAGGCUAUGGACAGAGAAUAUGCAGCUGUUCCACCCACAAGUAGCUAUUAGGAUUAAACGAGAUCUGAUUCUACUGGAUAUUAGGAUGUUUUGCUUUCUUGAAUGUCAUAGACUGGUAGUACUUAACAUUUAAAAUUGAUCGGAGGAUGGUUAUUUUCAAGUUCCAGACUUCAUGAUUUUGAAGUUACUUUCUAUAACAC